UGAAAGUUCACUUCACCGGCAAAGAUCUAAUCUCAACCUCAACCCAUCGCCAUGGCUUUAGCACGAUUGUCUAAGUCGAUAACCAGCAGGUUCCCAGCAACCUCACCUUGUCUAACAAUUUGGAGACAGACAUGUUCCUAUCACUCGUAUGAGUACGUCCAGCCGCCGCCAUUCCCUCCCGCUGAGUCUGCGAUCCUUUCCGCUGCCAUAUCCCACGUCCCAAACUAUGGCUUCACCUCGACCGCGCUCAACCUCGGCGCCCGCGAUGCAGGCUACUUGGAAGUCUCCACGAACUUGCUUCCACGAGGAGUCUUUGACCUCAUCAACUAUCAUCUCGUCACGCAGCGAUUGGCCUUGAAGGACACAGUUCAGUUCCCUUCUGAGGGGGAACAAGGCUCCGCAAAGAAGCUAGGAGUUGGAGCAAAAGUUAGGACACUGACAUUGGCGCGAUUGCGGGCCAACCAGCCCAUCAUACAUCGCUGGCAAGAGGCGCUUGCGGUUAUGGCCCAGCCCAGCUACGUCCCGACCUCUGUCGCCGAACUGGCACGACUAGCCGACGAAAUUUGGUUUCUUGCGGGGGAUGUAAGCGUCGACACCAGUUGGUACACAAAACGAGCGAGCCUAUCAGCCAUAUACUCAGCAACAGAGGUGUUUAUGACCCAGGAUCGCUCAGAGGAGUUUACUGAAACAGAGGAGUUCCUCGACUCAAGAUUGAACGAAGUGAUGAAGGUUGGUGGGUUCCUUGGAGGGUUGGGAGAAUGGCUGGACUACACUGGACAUUCCGCAGUGAACAUUUUGAGGAGUAAAGGGGUUAGAAUCUGAUUCUAGAAUCCCGACAAAAGACUUGUAUCAUACUCGUACAUACUCGCAGUAUGUACUAUAAAAACCAGGUAGAUUGACCAUGGACGAUUUU